AGAACCGCUCCGACCGACAUCGUUGGCGCAAUGGAGUCGGAACUGCCUCACAAGGAGCAGCUCGUUGCCGAGUCGACAGAGGGCUACCCCAUCACCCAGGCCAAGGCCUCGUCCAUCGCCCAAGCUGAACACGACAUGACCGGUCGCGAACCAAUUAAGGGGGGACCUGCCGCCAUAGCCCAGAGCCUGCACGACCGCCAGCAGAACUUUUACGAGGUGGCUGGCGAGAUCGCCCGGAAGCCCAGCGAGGAGGUGACCAAGGAAGAUGCCGCAAAGGUUCAGCAUUUCGAGCUAACAUGUGCUCAGGCUCGGGCACUUGGACAUGAGCCAGGAAAGGCCUCGUUCUCGGCCGAGGUGCAGGCCAUUGCCGACCAUAAUGCCCAGAUGCGACAUGUUGAUGAUUGAGACUGGACGAUGAACAACGCACUGUAGUGUACUGUGGUAAUGCAAUAAUGGCAAGCGACACAGGAGGUGGCGG